AUGGAAGCCCCUUCUGGCCACGAUACAGUUAAGCCAUCUGCCGUUCUUCAUGAGCCUGCAUGCAACAAUGUAAUAGUAUCCUGCCAACAGAGUCAUCCCGGCCCUGUAUCCGGUGGUUUGGAAGGGGUCUUCCAGCCUGCUAUCUCAGGCAAGUAUCUGUGCAUUCCCGACUUCUCUCGCCCUGAUGUUUGUCGAAAUUUCAGACGCACUGUGGACAGCAUCCUGGAAGAUCCCGUCGAGUCUUCAGCUAGUUCUUCUCAUUUUAGUUGUCCUGGCCCCAGGGUCGUGGCUGGUGAGGAGAUCUUCCGACCACACUCCCAUGGCGACGCAAUCGAAACUGAUGCACCGAACAAUGUGAUGAAUGCGACUGCAACGAUAAUAGGCCAGAACUCAAACGCUUUAUUAGUGGGCAGCGAAAGUCAUCUGACUCUCGCCAAUGGUUCCAGCCGUAACGUCACCUCUCCUACACCGGCCGAAAUACCUCAUCCCGAUAGGCCAAUAUCAACUUCAUGCAUGUCGAGUGCAGCCGAGGAAUCACUGCUGUUAUACUACCAGAAUGCCUGCGGGAUGAAUACUGUCAUCGACGAUUAUUUUCUCGCCAUCUCAGAAGGUUUCUACGACGUCAUCGCGUUAACGGAAACUUGGCUCGACGACCGCACUCUACAGUCUCAACUCUUGGGACAUGAAUACGAAGGCUUCCGCUGCGACCGCGGUCCUCACAAUAGCUCGAAAAAAACCGGCGGAGGGGUGCUCGUUGCUGUUCGCCGUAGCCUGAAAGCAUCCAGAGUCAACGACGUAGCUUGGAACAACAUUGAGCAAGUCUGGGUAUCUAUAAAGUUGAAGGACCGUAAUUUAUAUCUUUGCACCAUUUAUAUUCCACCCGAUCGUACUCGUGACAAAACGCUGAUCGAGUCCCAUCUCAAUUCAGUGUUGAUGAUCGCUGCGAAAGCUAAACCGCGCGAUGAAAUAGUCAUUAUCGGCGAUUUUAAUUUUCCUAACAUUUGCUGGCGCGCCUUUCGGAACGGCUUUACCUACCCGGAUCCUGACCAUUCUUCAUUUCACACCUGCGCUCUCGACCUGCUCGACGGCUACAGCUGCUCAAAUCUGAUUCAGAUCAACUGCAACGCGAAUGAAAAUGGACGCUGUUUAGAUUUAUGCUUCGUUUCCGCCAGUGAAUCUGCUCCUCGGUUGACGAUUGCUCCCGUCGCUCUAGUCAAGCUCGUACCUCACCAUCCUCCACUAGUUCUCUCCCUCGACAACUCUCAAAGACCUGACUACCACGAAACACCUCCUCCAUCUAGUUACAAUUUCCGUCAAGCCGACUACAACGGACUUUUGCUUGCAUUACAAAACUUCAACUGGUCGAUAGUUUUACAUCAACACGACAUUAAUAUUGCAGUCAACGAAUUCUCCUUGCUAAUGAACCAGCUAAUCGAGCGCUUUGUGCCUAAAUCACGGAGCACGCCUUCUAAACAUCCUCCAUGGCAAACACCGGAAUUACGUCGACUAAAAACUGUAAAAAGGGGUAUUUUCCGGAAACUUUCCGCGAACAGGAAUCUUCACCUACGUGAACAUUAUCAACAUUUGAACCAUGCAUAUAGACGUCUUAGUCGCCGCUGUCACCGCAAUUACACGAGACGUAUGGAAGCUAAACUGAAAUCCGACCCCAAGCGAUUUUGGAAAUUUGUCAACCAGCAACGUAAAGAAUCCAGUCUACCGACUACCCUAGAGUUUGCCGGGGAGACGGCAGAUAAUACUCCCGCAAUCUGUAGACUUUUUGCAACGAAAUUUUCUAGCGUCUUUUGUAAUGAAACACUUACUUCAAGUCAAAUCGACACUGCUGCUAACAAUGUUAUUCCUACCGGUCGCGCAAUCUCAUCUAUCGAUUUCGACGACCGUGUUGUACUCUCUGCAACUGCCAAAAUGAAGCAUUCGAGUUCUCCCGGCCCCGACGGAAUUCCUGCAACACUUAUAAAACACUGUAUAACCGGUUUGCUUGCACCAAUCUCACAUCUGUUUCGCCUAUCUCUGGCCAGCGGACGUUUUCCUGAAGCAUGGAAACAAGCCUAUAUGUUCCCAGUUUUCAAAAAGGGAGAUCGAACAAAAGUCGAUAACUACAGGGGAAUAUCAGCCUUAUGUGCUGUAUCGAAGCUGUUCGAGUUAGUAAUCAUCGAGCCAAUCUUCUCCCAUUGCCAACAAACGUUAGCCAACGAGCAACACGGUUUCCUCCCAAAGCGAUCCUGCACUACGAAUUUGCUUUGUUUCACUAAUUACGUGACUGAUAGCUUCACUGAACGUUCGCAAACUGACGCAAUAUAUACUGAUCUCUCCGCUGCCUUCGACAAAGUCAACCAUCGUAUUGCCGUCGCCAAGCUGGAUCGCCUCGGAUUCUGUGGGAGCUUGCUGAACUGGUUUACAUCUUAUCUGACAGGACGAACUAUCCGUGUGAGGAUCGGUCAGGAGAUCUCGGAUCUAUUCUCCGCCUCGUCUGGGAUUGCACAAGGCAGCCAUCUGGGUCCGCUGGUCUUCUUGCUUUAUUUUAAUGAUGUACAUAACUUGCUCGACUGCCCGCGACUGACGUUUGCAGACGACCUGAAGUUAUUCUCGAAAAUCAACUGCAUCGGCGAUGCCCAUCUCCUCCAGAAACAACUGGACAUUUUCGCGCAUUGUGAACCAUUCGCGAUGAAUAUGGCGAAUCGUGGUGGUGGAGCGACAUUGCUCGAAAACAAACGCUAA